UGUCGCGAUUGUCGCUGUCUGAUGACGUACUACACUCUGUUUUUACCAUGGCAGCGGCUACCUUUGCUAACUGAAAAACAAAAUGCCAUUUUUGUAGCAGUUACAACGCCCACGAAUCUAGAAAAAACAACACAUCUCUCAGAAUGACGAACAGGACGUCGUAUUUCUAUGACCCCGACGUGGGCAACUUUCAUUACGGUGCUGGUCAUCCGAUGAAGCCUCACCGAUUGUCCCUGACUCACAGCCUGGUGCUGCACUACGGACUCUAUAAGAAAAUGAUGGUGUUCAAGCCGUACAAAGCGUCACAGCACGACAUGUGUCGCUUCCAUUCUGAAGACUACAUUGACUUCCUGCAGAAGGUCAGCCCUAACAACAUGCAGGGCUUCACCAAGAGCCUCAACACUUUCAAUGUGGGGGAUGAUUGUCCGGUCUUUCCAGGUCUUUUUGAGUUCUGCUCCAGAUAUACAGGAGCCUCAUUGCAGGGCGCCACUCAACUCAAUCACAAGAUUUGUGACAUCGCUAUCAACUGGGCCGGAGGAUUACACCAUGCUAAAAAGUUUGAGUUAUUUAUUGGCUUAGCAAAAGUGCCUCUGCUGCGUUUGCAGGCGUCGGGAUUUUGUUACGUCAACGACAUAGUCAUCAGUAUACUGGAGCUUCUCAAAUACCAUCCAAGGGUCCUGUACAUCGACAUUGACAUUCACCACGGCGAUGGCGUGCAAGAAGCCUUCUACCUUACCGAUCGUGUCAUGACCGUGUCCUUCCACAAAUAUGGGAAUUACUUUUUCCCUGGAACAGGUGACAUGUAUGAGGUUGGAGCCGAGAGUGGCCGCUACUACUGCCUCAAUGUUCCUCUCAGGGACGGCAUUGAUGACCAGAGUUACAGGCAACUUUUCCAGCCGGUUAUUAAGCAGGUGGUGGAUUUCUACCAGCCUACGUGUAUUGUUCUACAGUGUGGAGCAGACUCUUUGGGUUGCGACAGGCUGGGCUGCUUUAACCUCAGCAUACGAGGACAUGGCGAGUGCGUAGAGUUUGUGAAGAGCUUCAAGAUUCCUCUCUUGGUCCUGGGCGGAGGCGGAUACACUGUGCGGAAUGUGGCUCGAUGCUGGACCUUUGAGACGUCCCUCUUAUUGGAUGAGUCGAUCAGUGACGAGCUGCCUUACAGUGAGUACUUUGAGUACUUUGCUCCCGACUUCACUCUGCAUCCUGACGUCAGCACCAGGAUAGAAAACCAGAACUCCCGACAGUAUUUGGAGCAGAUCCGUCAGACAGUGUUUGAGAACUUGAAGAUGCUGAACCACGCUCCCAGUGUUCAGAUCCACGACGUCCCCUCGGACAUAAUGAGCUACGAACGCACCGAUGAGCCUGACCCUGAUGAGAGAGGAGGCGAGGAAAACUACACACGGCCGGAAGCAGCGAACGAGUUCUACGAUGGCGAUCAUGACAAUGACAAAGAAAGCGACGUGGAAAUUUGACCUGCUUUGAAGGACAGGGGCGAUUUAUACCCAGCAGUUUGCCUCCUGCCUUUUUAUCUUAGGUCACUGACAAUUAUGAUGGACACACUGAAUAUCUUGACGUUUAAAAAUAAUAUUCCUAGUUUCACAUAAAGUUUUGUCUAUAUGUUUUCAUCAGAACUCGCCUGUAGUUUGCCCAGUUUUUAAAUGUGUCUUUUGUGAUCUUGUUCAAACUUUAUGACUGAGAGACACUCACCUGAUAUGCUUCUUUUUUUUUCAUUUGUGAGGUUUGGGCACAAUCUUAACAAUAAGCAAUUGCCGAUGAAAUAGUUGAUCUAAUUCAUCUGGAAGGCUCAUGACCAAGAUGCUUUGACAGUCCGAACAUGCUACAGUGUCAAUUCCCUCUGACGUAAACAUUUCUCAUGUGCCUUUCUGUUCAUUGGUAGUACAUCAACUUCCGUUUGUUGCUGGAUUCUACAGCAUUGUAACAAGUGAACAUGUCACUGUAUAUUACGCUAAUACAUUAUUUGGUAUAUGUAAGGACUGCCGGUGUGUAGCAGUUUAGGUAAGUCAGUGAUUCGCUGUUUGUAAACUAUGAAACUUGGUCAGCUGAUGCAAUGCAGUCUUCUUUUUAGCCAGAUUCUUGUGCUUUUGAUAUUUUUGCAGCAUUUUUUGUUAAAAUAAAAGGAUCAUGUCCAAUCA